AUGCUGGAGAUAGCCACAUGCAACAGAUGCGGAAAGACCUCAGUGGCUCCCAGAGGCAUGAAAGAACGAGUUCCAGAGGCUGGGAACUGGGCUGCAACAGGCACUGGCGAAUGCAAUCGCAAGGCUCUUUGCAAGUCUUGUCACUGCUUGUGCGUCCAAGGGGAUGGCGCAACAACACGCAGGCACAAAACGAAGCUCACAAGCAGGCACAAAACGCCGAACAUAGAAAUGAGCCGCAAUCUCAGCAGCAAUGACAGGCUCCGAAGAGCUCUCGACAGGACCAGGAUCCCACCUCGUCGCAAGACUUUUACAAGAUCUAAAGCGAACUUGCAGUUCUUCACGGAAGAAUAUGUUCAAGACCGACAACUCAAAUGGCAAGAAGUGACGGCUAUACCACGGGAACGAAGGAUAAAAAUCAUAUCAGAAAUCCUCCGGAGUUUACAGUGAGAUGUGCUAUCCUGCUCACAGUCCGCAUGGGGCUUUGACAGCCGACAGAUUUUGGUUGUGGCUGGCCCCAACAGGAUUUGCAGCGUUUUGAUCUUGGAGACCACGUGUCAG